GUUAGGUUGCCUCUGUCAGGGACAGCUGUUGAGAGAAACCGACCACGGACAGCCAAAUGUUAUCCGUGUUUUAUCCGGUUAGAGACGCAUUAUUUUUAUGUUUUUAACUGGCCUAUGGCACAACACAAACUUUAUCACUCGGCAGUGAGUUUUUAAAAGGGAUGAAAAGACUCAAGAGGAAGAAACACAACGCAGGAGUUGGAGUGAAUGGGAAUGGAUCUGUCUCCAGAGAACCGAGUUGUGGGAGGAAACAGAAGCUGGCUGAGAUCCAUCAGGCUUUGAUCAGCGAUCCAGUGGACAUUGAGACCCUGAGGAGAGCAGCAGCCAGUAAAGGAGGACUGCUCACUGAUGAACUGAGGAGGAAAGUGUGGCCCAAACUACUGAACAUCAAUGUGUACAAGCUGCCACAUAAACCUGGUCGAGAUGUGAGGGAGAACCACAAGGACUACAACCAAGUAGUCCUGGAUGUCAGGAGGUCCAUGAAGCGGUUCCCGAAAGGUAUGCCAUCCACAGAGAGAGCCGUGCUCCAGGAGCAGCUGAUUGAUAUCAUACUGGCGGUUUUGAAACACAACCCUCAGCUCCAUUACUACCAGGGCUACCACGAUGUGGCCGUCUCUCUGCUGCUGGUAGUGGGAGAGCAGAUGGCCAUCGCCAUGCUGGACACACUCUCCAAUUACCAUCUCAGGGAUUUCAUGGAUCCUACCAUGGACAGCACUAAACACAUUUUAAACUACCUGAUGCCUAUAUUGGAGCAAGUUGAUACAGAACUACAUGACUUCAUGAUCAGAGCCGAGGUGGGAAACAUCUUCGCUCUGUCCUGGCUCAUCACGUGGUUCGGCCACGUGCUGUCAGAGUUCAAACACACCCUGAGACUCUACGACUUCUUCCUGGCUUCACACCCACUGAUGCCCAUCUACCUCGCCGCUACGAUUGUGUUGCACAGAGAGAAGGAGGUUAAGCAGACAGAGUGUGACAUGGCCAUGGUCCACCACCUCCUCUCCCGCAUCCCCCAAGACCUUCCAUACGAACUCCUGAUUGGCCGGGCCCAGGACCUGUUCGACCAGUACCCUCCAUCUCUACUGGCCAAGCGCGCAGCACUGCAGUCUCGCAAGAGUCUGUCCAUCAGCACCUUCCAGGCAUUUCAGCUCUCCACCCUCCACCAGAGGCCCGACUCUGUUCUCCGACGACUCACUAAGGCCCAUGGCUCCUCCACCUCCAAACACGGCUUGGAAGCAGCUUUGCCCCGGGACCGAGGCCAGUUGUGGGGGAAGGGGAACAGGAUGGUGAAGAUGGCUGUAUGGGGGCUGUCCGCCACGCUUGGGGCAGCCGUGUUCGCUGUGGCUCACACGGCCAUGGACUGGGGACCUGAGGUGUUACUACAGCUGUUCUGAUGUGAUGCGGUGGGGAUUUAGACUGGUAGACACACAUACACACACACUGACACAUGGUGACAGCAGAUACACAUCUGCUCUUCAGAUGGAUUAACAAUGAACAAACAUAUAUACACAAACAAAGAAGUUGAAGACUUGAUCCUGCUGAGAGGAAACAUUGGAAGAAAAAAAAAAAGCAGGAGGAGGUCAGUUAUCUUGGUGCCAAACAGGUUGUUGCUACUCAACCACGAUGAACAUAUGUUAACCACUUGCCAGCCUCAGGAUGUGUGUGCAUGUGUGCGAGUGGGUGUAUGUGUGUUUGUAUGUUUCUGAGCAAGUAUCCAAGACCUUAAACUGCGUGGAUGGAUAACUGAGCGGUUGUUUAAUUGACUUGUCAAAAACUACACUAGGACCCCUGGGCAAGAGCUUCUCUCUGAAGUGACCGUAAACCUUUUAAAAAGUCAAACAAAUGACCACCCAAGAGAUGCAAAACAACUACAAAAAGAUGCAAAACGCCCACAAAAAGAUGCAAAAUGACUACAAAAGAAAGACACAAAACUGCCAGACAGACACAGAGCAACCACACAGACUCAAAAUAACUGCAAAGAAAUGCAAACUCACUGCAAAGAAAUACAAACUCACUACAAAGAGACACAAAACAACCUGAGUAAAGACACAAAACCACCAGAGACUCAAAAGAACUACAAAAGGGACACAAAACAACCACAAAUAGAUGCAAAAUGACCUCAGAAAUGCAAAACAACUAAAAAGGAGACAUAAAACAACCACAAAGAGACUCAGAAGAAACACUAAAUGACCAUGAACCGACACAAAACGUCCACAGAGAGACGUGAAUGAGUUGUUUGCAGUUGUUUUGUGUCUGUCUGGGGCUCUUGCUCUUAUGUAGGGGAGGGGAGGGGGGGUGGGGCGCCGCACGCUCUUGUUUGGCCUCAUAAUCCAUCCAUGCAUGUGAGACAUUAACACUUCUUGCUUUUUCAGGCUGUUGCUCACACGUUACCGUCAGUACAACAUUUUAAAAAUGUGUCUCUGUGUGUUUCCUGUUAGCUGAUUAUUUUACUGAUGACUCGUUUUUAGACAUGCCAUGUUUGUUUUGUUGCAUUGCUGUUGAUGGUUGAUUUUAAUGCGCUUGUUGGAUCAGCAGCCAUAUCUUAGAGCCAAAAGUGCCCGUAGCCAGCAACGAUGACACAUGAAUACAAAUUAUUAAAGAGCAGUGUUUUCUGCUGAAAGCUUCCAGUUAAGAGCAAAAGAAAUAGAGAGCAGGAGAGAAAUGGGAAAGAUGGAGGGAGAGAUUUUGCCUGUGAGCCACUGGUAUUAAUUGCUUUACUCCAGGUGUCAGCGAAUUACAUUUACAGUAGAGUUUGACGCACAAAACGAGCUGUUGCAGCCCCCAAAAUGUGAACAUUACACGCAGUGAGCGGCCGCACUUGAUGCAAGCAGUUGGGGCCUUUUGCAGAUGCAUUUUUUACAGGAAGUAUUGAAAUACGUAUUUUUUUAAUAUGUUAUUUUUUGCAUUUUCUGUAGCUUGUCUGGCUGUUGUGGCCCACCACUGCUGAAUGAAUAUGGGGAAGACACCAGUACUUUUACAUUCUUAAAAUAUUUAGUAGGUUUGCGCCAACAUCCACCCUGAACAGCCGUCAACAGAGCUACACUACAUGUACUCAGUUCUUCCAUCAUAUUUCUCCCCAGUAUUUUAUUCUGUAGAUUCACUUAAAAAUGUACAAAGGUACAUUCGGACUCAUUAUUAUCACAUAUAUAAUUUUCUUUAUAUUCGUGGAAGAAGUAAACUACCUGCAUCUUCUCAAGAGGCACCACACAUACUUUAUUUAUUAUCGGACCAAAGUGUUCGUUUGACCGUAAAUGUAAUUGGAGUUUCAUAACCUGAAAGGUGAAUAUUAAUAAUACAGGCUGUUUCCACCUGAAGUACAUACAUAUGUACAGAACAAACAGCAAUGCAUGCUCUGGUUGUCGACUUAUAUUCUGAAACAUUCAUCAGCUUUUACUCGGUUGUAGCCAAGCUCCUGCGUCUGUUUACUGGAGUCACAACCCUCUCCUCCCUCCUCGCCCCUCGCAUCGAAUGUGUCACAUUUUUGCACAGCUUGAUGUAAAGUUUUUUCAGUUGCUUUGUUGCACAUCCAUUGAACUGCUAUUUUAUUUGCUGUGUAUAAAAUUACAGUAGUAAAUGUGUUGCACGAGUUCUCCAGAAAGUCACAUUUCUAGCCUCAGGGCGAUCUGCGAAGGAUUGCAGCUGAGUAGUUAACAAACCGGUCAAUCAAUCUACCACUCCAUUAAGUAGUUAGUUGCAGGCAUUCUUCAGAAAAAGCCAAUUGCUGUGAUUUUUAUUAGUGAUAAUCAGUCGGUCAAUUUAUUAGACAGUCAAUAAAUCAAUCAAUGGGCUGUAAUGGAGUUUGUCGGCUGGCCUGCUAGCCGGAUUCAGACAUCUAGUGCAUCAGUAACCUUUGAGGCUGGUUUAAUAACCUCGUACAUCAUGUAAAACAUCACGUGUGCGAUGUGAUUAAAUGCAUUUGCACAUUUGUGUGUGUGUGUGUGUGUGUGUGUGUGUGUGUGUGUGUGUGUGUGUGUGUGUGUGUGUGUGAGAGAAAAUGCUUUAGUCACAGGUCAGUUAUCUUUUAACUUUCUGGGCAUCUUUCUGUGUUUUAUUUAUUUCUGUUUUGGUGCUCUACGUGCCUCACAUAAACUGUCAGCAGUCUCAUUAUUUAUUUUAACAGCAACAAUCUGAUUGGCUAUUUAUUUAAUGGUCAGACAUUUAAUUGGAUUGUAUAGAUGUGUACUUAAAUGAAUAUGUGGGACAGUAAAAAAUAUUAUUACGGUUUGUAAUUAUCACCAGUCUGAGCUUUUGUAUCUGUACAGGUGAUCCAGUCAUUUUACAUAUAAAAUACUGUAUCUGGUCAGUCAUUGUGAAUCAAACUUGGAAGUUAAAGGACUAGUUUGACCCUAAGGAAAUAAGUUUAAUUGCUUUCUUGCUGAGAAUUGGAUGAGGAGAUAGAUAUGACCGUCAUGUCUGUACAGUAAAUACGAAGCUACCUCCAGCAGCACAAAGACUGGAAACAGCUUCCUUGGCUCCGUCCAAAUGUAACAAAAUCCACCUACCACCACCUCUAAAGUUCACUAAUUAACACAUUAUAUCUUGUUUAUUUAAUAACCUAUAAAAACCAAAAUGUAAAAGCAGUUGUAGAUCUCAGGGGUUAUGUCCUGGACUAUCUCUUCGGUCCUCGCCGUUGCCAGGCAACGAGUAUAGACUUCAGGAAGUUACUGUGCUUGGUAUGAAUCUUCUCAUCUAACUCUCGGCAAGAAAACACAUAAGCCUGUCAAACUUUUUGUUUAAAUGUUUGGCACUGACAUUGUAAAGUGAACAUUUACUGUCUUUAGUCAAGUUCAUUCUGUUACUACUGGCUGUACUUUCAAAGGUCCAGUGUGUAAGUUUUAGGAGGAUCUGUCGGCAGAAAUUGAAUGUAAUAUUCAUAACUAUGUUUUUAUUAGUGUAUAAUCAUCUGAAGAAUUACUGUGUUUUUUUGCCCAGAACGGACCAAACACUGGCUCUAGAUAUCUAGAUCUUGAUAUCUAGAUGGUGAAGCGAAGGAGUUGCGAUCUGCAACUGCACUGCUAGAUGCCACUAAAUCCUACAACCUGGACCUUUGAAAAAUAAUAGUUUUUGCAUGAAAACCUUUUUGCUUACACUUUAUUGGCUGCCUAAGACAUACAUAUGCAGGGAAAAAAACCCUCUGACCAGGGUCUGUGAGUUUCAAACAUAAGUCAAGAUGCUACUGUGCAGUUGUAUUAUUAGUGCCAUGUAGACACACACACACACACACACCCCUACACACACACACAUAUAUAUAUAUAUAUAUAUAUACAAGGAGAGAGUGGUGAUGGUGCCAGAUCAUAAUGAGGAUUUAAUUCCUGCCCCUGGCUCUUGGCGUGCUUAAGACGCUUUCUCCUUGGAUUUUUUUUUCUCACAUUCACACUCACCUACACCAACACCUGCACUGGUCUCAGUCUGGCAGAGGCCUUAGAUGAAAAAUGAUUGAAGCAUGUUACCUGGUUUGAAAGAAACCAACCAAGAUGUAAAAGAGAGAAGAUGGAUGCUGGAGAUAAAGUUAACUCAAAACACUUUUAAAAAAUCAUUGUAUAAACUCUUCCAGAAGAAGUAAAAAAUAGAAGAUGCAUCAUUUAAUUUGACUGUAGUGCAAUGAUUUAGUAAUCUGUGCUUUUUAGUUGCAUUUUAUUAUCUUUCUAUCUCACUUGAUAUCAGGUCACAUCUGUGGGUUUAGGCUAUGGUGCACUCACCUACUAUUUUACACAAAAAUAAUCAUCUUUUUAAACACAUUUUGCUGCUGUUGAAUGAAAAUAAGAUAAAAUAAACCAAAAUAAAGUAAAAUAAAAUCUCAACGAGGAUGUCAUUUGACAGCUACUUGUUGGGUUUGGAUUUAAAUACCAAAACAAACACUUUCUGUAAAUCUAAAUAACUUGAAUUUUAAUGCCAAAUUAUGAAUUCACUGUGGUGUGAUGAAGAGCUGAAGCUGAACUCCCUGUGAGCCUCUCAUGGCUGCUCUGUCCUCCCCUCAGGUCCCCAAAACUCCCAAAAGACUUGAUCACACCAAAUGCGUUUACAGAUAAUAAUGUAAGCCUUUAAUUUGUGUGUGUAUCUUCGGUUUCUGUGGGCAUUUUAAUGCAUGUUUCUCAUAUCGUGAUUACUAAACAUUUGGUACCAACUGUAUCCUUGGACAUAUCAGGUUCUUUGCACCUUGUACUUUUGCUGUGGUUGUACUGAGAUAUGUCUUUGACAUAGAGAUCAAACUGUUUUUGUUUAUGAAAUAAAACAGUGAAUAAAUGAUGAAGAAAACAAA